AUGGGCCCAAAGGAUAAACCCGACGAUCUGGAGCGAAUUCUUCGCUAUGCAAAGAAAGCUUCUCAGCCUGAUCUCCACGAUCGUCCGAAAAGAUACACCUCCUUAGAAAACCUAAUUCACUUUCUCAAAUCGACAGAUGAAGAACGAGCUUCAGAACGAAAGCGGUUGCUCUGCGACAAUUGGGAAGAAAUCUUCGAAAAUAUCUUGAAAAUCUUCCAUGAAUCGUCCCGAAGCCGAGUCAAUGGCGUCGUCUUUACAGAAUACUCUGCAGAAAUCCUCUUGAAUUUGAUGAAGAUUAUUCACGAUUUCGAUGAAUCCAUCGUUGUUCCUGUACUCAACUGGGUAGCAACCCAAUUUGAGUCAGACGAUCUGCUCGAUCAUCGAUUCCGCGAGAACUUCUUCGUCUUCAUCGACAUCUUUCUCACCUCUCGUCCCAAGGAGCAUUUUCUCGCAAACAUGAGCAUCGUCAUUGAUCCUCUUGUCAAGGCGCUAGAAGAAGCAGAAAGCCUUCAAGCACUGCUCUGCAUCCUCAGCCCGAUGAUUUCAUUGUCGAAAUCGUACGAAUCCAUGUUUCUGGAGCGCUUUGAAGACGUUUCUGACAUCAUCAUCGGCUGGCUUGUUGAACCGACGGAUGAUAUGGAAAGUUACAUGGAGCUGUGCCAGUCAAUGCUCGAUUUGGACCGUUUCUGGCGCCAGAAUAUGCACCAAACAGUCCAGUACUUUGACGACUUUCUCAAAGACAUUCGCGAGUUUACGGACGAUGCGAAAAAGGGCUACAAAGAGUUCGAAGAAAAUCCGGAGAAUUGGGACGUUUUCGCUACUCCUCUGGGAAACACACUCAAGCAGCUUGAGUACAGGUUGAUAACCUACAAGUGUUUGAUGCGAGCAAUCGGGCUAGAGACUUUUACGAAGAAUAAUUACUUUGAUGAUUCAUUUCUCAGUAGACAGUUGAACGUCAUCGUCAAUAUUUCAAACGAGUUCUUGACAAAAAAGCGAUUCUGCGCUCUGGAAUCUCUCACGAAAUACGUCGUCGAACUGACCUGCAUGCUCGUAUCUGGCUCUACUUCUGGAUGGCAGCAGAAACAAAUUCCGACAAGCGUCUUGGAAUUCACAAGAAAGCUGAUCGAUGCAGUUCCCGAGUCGAAUUGCAUCAUGGCAAUCACCCUGGUCCUCGUUUUGAUCCAAGAAGCGCCCUGUGGAUUGCCUGAAGAAUUUGCGACAACUUUCAUCAACGAACUCUCUCACUGGAAGAAUAUUCAACACCCAGAUACGGUAGCGGAACUCCUCGGAGUCUACCAAUCUGCUCUUGGAUGCUCUGUCAGCCAAGUUAUUCAGCAAUCAGCGUACUACUGCGUUCUUGGAGAGCUGCAAUUGACGCUGAAUGAGCUCUUGAGAUAUCAUGGUGCUACGAAGAGAAUUGAAAUUUAUGCGAUCAAGAAAUAUAUGACAAUGAGUAAUGCGAAAGUCGACGAUGUUCAUGAUUUUGCUUCAGAACAAAGAGCCUUACACAGCGCCCUCUUCCUGGUAACCGCUCUUACCGAAUUUGCCAGCACAAAGGUAAACGUACUCUCAGUCCAUGAAAUUCAGCCAUCUUUCUUCGUCCUCGUCGAAAAAGAACUGCGUCCCGCAAUGGUUGAACUCAAUUAUCCAGCCUUGGAGUUUGCUUUGGUCACUGCACUGAGAUCUCACUGUGAGUGUCAUGGUCAUUUCAUCAACAAUUUCUUGGGAAAUACAAGAUUGAUGAAUAAAGAAGCUCUUCAUCCGCUCAAAAAGUACUACCCUCGAUUGAUGAAGUUCGUGUCAUUUCUUCUCACAAAGAAGAACGGGGCUUUUUCGGUGCGAGAUUUAGCCAUUUCUUGGGCAAAAGACAUUAUCCGCUGUGUGAAUAAAACCGAACUCGGCCGACCAGACAACAAAAGAGGGCUCACAUGCGUAUCGGAAUUCGAAGAGCUCACUGAAGCUACUGUCGAAGCCGCCUGGCAAGCUGACCGAGGCCAGUUGCUCGCAAUCCACAGAUGUCUUGAAUACGCAAUCGGAGCUGCUCCGGAGAGCGUUGCGAAACAUGUCAUUCGCGGCGUUUUCUGGCUUUCAAGCCAUGCUGAUCAUGAAAUUGCAGACUCCUACAACAAGUUGCUGCUGAAUAUUCCUGCUUCAGCAAUGAACAAUUUUACUGAAAAGGACUUUGAUGAAAACUCCCGAAAUACAGUUUUGUACCGAGCUUGGAUCGCCCGACGAGCUCUAAUGUGCCGACCACAGCAAUUCAAGAAUGAACAAUUUUCCGGCGUUAUGGACUUGUUGUUGAAUGCAAAAGAUGAGGGGCUAUUCGAAAUGCUCGAACGAGGAGUCUGGUGGUCAGGAAGAGAGACGAAAGGAAAUCUGGCAGCUACGAAUCAGCAUUUGAACUUUUGGGCUUUAUGGGACGCCGCCGCCUUUUGUGUGGAGAAUAGGCUGAAAACGCCACUCGGUUCAAAUAUUCAGACCUUGAAUUCAAUUGAAAAAGGAAUCAGGGGAUUUGAACGUAGCUUGGGCAUGCCCACAGCGAAACUGCCAAAGAAAUCCGAUGAGCAUGUGAAACUUUUGCUCACGAGACCUCGGUUGCUGAUUGCUUUUCUUGGCAAUUUAGAGAGACUAUUUUUCAAUGCCUACGAAGGAUGUGUGACGCUGCCGACGUCUUCGAAAAGCGUCCGAACAUUUUUCAUCAACAACAAAUCAAUCUGUGUCAAAUGGCUUCGAGGUCUCCGUCUCAGUAUCAUGCGCGUCUCUCUUCACUGUGGAUUGCCUGCUGAUGCCUGGCAUCAUGGACAGCAAUUGUUAAAUAUUCUUGUUCCGGCCGGACGGAAGAUAGAAAUUGAUCGGUCAAACUUGGAGAGAACUCUGAUGAUGUGCGCAGAAGCUGGUAUUGCUCUCAAAGAUGAAUCGAGACUCUCAGGGCUUUACUACUGGGCGAGAAAGCUCGACAUUGACAUGAACUUUGUCUGGCUGAAAGGCUGUGCGCGCCAAGCUGAUGGAAAAUUUGAGCCAGCAAUAGCUAUCUACCAAGAGUAUUUAAACCGUGAAGAGGAUAGGCGCGUCGCGAAUCCGGAGGAUGAUCACGUAAAUACCGCUGAAAUCUUCGUCCGUCAGCAAAUUUCCGAGUCAUUCUUGGCGAUCUCAUCCUGGGAGAAGGCUCAAAAUUGGCUGGAAAGUAACUCGGAUUAUCCUCAACUUGGCAAUCUCGAUUAUGUGAAAUGCAUGAAAAACUACGAUCUUGAUGGAAUCCAGAACUUUGACAAACAAGAGGUGCUCGGAAGCUGCCGUGAUUAUUUGGCAAAAGUUCCGGAGACUACCUGGCGUUGGCCGCUCAUGAAGCAAAUUGCCGAUGUUCAACUGGUUAUGGCGAAGGUUGAUCGAGAAAAUAGAUCACUAGACACAUUGGAGGACGUAGGACGAACAAUGAUUCUGGCUGAAGGUCUUCAGUGGCCAUGUCAAAUCAAGCAAGAUGCGAUCGGAAUUCUCCACGGCUCAUCCCUCGUGCGAGACGUCAAGGGAUCGCAGAAGAACUACCAAAGCCUGAAGAUACGAGCAAAACUUGCUGAAUGCUGCGAGAUUCCGAUUAUUUGCAGAGUUCGCAAUCAAUCAUCAAUUUCCUGUCUCGAGGAAGGUAGAUUUGAGCGAACAAGGGAGAACUUCAAUAGAGCAAGCAUUCUUUUCCGCAAAGCUAGGCUCCUUGUUGAAAAGGAGGCUCGUUCAAACAGAAGAACUGUUGAUCUGGAUAUUAUCUAUAAAAUUGAGCGACAGGAAUGUAAGCGACUCGCUGCUCUUGGGAAUUAUCGGGAUGCAAUAAUGAGACUCGGUCACACAACAUCCGAAAGAUUGCAACGACAGGUUCCGCAACUGUCUGGGCCUCAUGCAAGCUCUGGUUUCAAUAUUCCAGCAGAUAAGGAGAUCGGGAAAUCUCUUUUGAACCUCGUUUCCUGGGCAGAGAAAGACUGGAAGAACAUUGGCCCGGAAUUAGAAAUCAUGGCAACGGGUGGGAGCCGAAAUCAUCUUUGCAACUCUCUGGCCUUUUUGGUCACUGCUGAGCAAAAUAUCAAAGAUAAAACCCUCGUCCGACCAUCAUUGCUUGAAGAGGCGAAGCAAGAAGCUGUCCUUGGAUGUCUUGUAAAUCUUGCGUCUAUCAAACAACCUAGCUACGCAAAGGCUCACCGAGCGCUUGGAAGCUUUUGCUACAAGUGGGGAAAGCGAGUUAUCGACGGAGCAACUAAAUCUGGUCUGGUCACCUUGACGCCUCAUGAAAGCUCGAUCAUGGAGAACUCGUUGAGAAACGUAAUUUGGAAGAGCGAAGAAGAAUUCCAAGCGCAAUUUUCUCUAAUGCGAGAUCUUAUCGGCAGGACUCAGCUAAUCGAAUACCCAGAAGACAACGUCGACAAUAUUUCGAUUCUCCAACAAGAAGAACAAGUCACUGUUAAAUUGUACAAUCAAUUUCCAUGGCUGUACCAAUAUGGCAGCAUUACUGCAACAAUGCUCAAUAUUUGGCGUAUGGUAUCCGAUCGGCUAUUUGAACUGUACUCCAGGGCGGCCACAGCCUAUUUUGAUGCGUUGAGAGUAGCUGACAAGGAUAUCGAUGCUUCAUUACGUCUCUUAAGACUUCUCGCAAAACAUUCUGGUGGACUGAAAACCGUGCUGGAAACUGGUUUGAGAACUUCUUCUGUUUCAUCCUGGCUUGAAAUUGUCCCGCAGUUAUUCUCUCGUCUUCAUCAUCCCGAGCCCUACGUUCGAAAUGCGAUUACUGAGCUACUCGAGCGAAUCGCCCAACAAAAACCUGAUGAGGUCGUUUUCGCCGUUGUUGUCGCGCUGACGAAGGCUGAUCAUCGAAUUGAAGCUGGUCUUCGGGACUUUGAUUCAAAUGAACAAAAACAAACCAUUUCGUCAUCGUCGCUUUCUGAGCAGCAAGCUUCGCUCCAGAGAAUCAGAAAUAAUCUCAGUCCGAUUGUCGUAAAAGACGUAGAAGUAGUCGUUCACGAACUGAGACGAAUCACCCUCCUCUGGGACGAAUUGUGGCUUGGAAGUCUGACACAGCACUAUUCCGAUAUCCAGCGACGACUUUCCAGACUUGCUGAGGAAGCGAAACGAUUAAACGCGAAUGCUUCAUUGACAAGUGAUCAGAAAAGUAAGAUGAUGAACGAACUCCAACAGGCACAAAUGAAGCCCGUGCUCACUGCGUUUCAACAUCUGGCCCAGAUUACAGCAGCAAAGCCAGAAACCCCCAUGGAAGAGAAAUUCCAACGCCGUUACGGAAAACUCAUUCAAGAGGCUCUCAAUCGCCUCAAGUCCAAUCCUGCUCCCAUGCAGCCUGCUCUUUCCUGGGCCCCAUUCAAGCAACUUCACCAGGAACUCUUGGCGCGAGCUGGAAAGCGUGGGCAGCUGGCGUUGAAAGAAAUCUCCCCAAAAUUGGCGAAACUCAAGGAUACCUACCUACCAGUGCCUGGUCGUUCUGGGCUGACUGUGACAAAAUUCCAUGGUCUGCUCACCAUCCUUCCGACAAAGACUAGACCCAAGAAACUUCAUCUCCGGGGAGGAGACGGGAGAACAUACACCUAUCUCUUCAAAGGCCUGGAGGAUCUCCAUCUAGACGAGCGUAUCAUGCAGUUUCUAUCUGUUUGUAACAGUCUGCUUCCAACUGGUCUGUCAGCGAGAAACUACAGCGUUACUCCUCUUGGCUCAAGAUCUGGCUUGAUCGGAUGGGUCCAUGGGUCUAAUCCCUUCUUUGUUUUCUACAAAAAUGGCAAAUUCGACAACAAGAUAAGCUCAAUGUGUCUGAUAACGUCAAAGUCGAUCGUCCAGUGGACGUAUUUAACAACAAGAGAAGCGCAUCGAGAACUCGUCAAAGAUACGCCUAACGAUUUGAUUGAAAAAGAGCUCUGGUGCAAUUCAACUUGCUCCGCGGACUUUUUGAACACUCAAACAAUCUUUUCCAAGUCUUUGGCAGUGAUGAGCAUGCUGGGUUAUGUUAUUGGCCUUGGCGAUCGUCAUUUAGAUAACAUUCUUUUCGACCAAGAAACUGGCGAAAUCGUUCAUAUUGAUUACAACAUCUGCUUUGAAAAGGGUGCAACGCUCCGAGUUCCUGAACGCGUUCCAUUCCGACUCACGCAGAAUAUGGAAGGUGCACUUGGAAUUGCUGGUCUCCACGGACCAUUCAAAGAGGCUUGCGAAAAGACCAUGCGAACUUUGCGAGAAGGUCGAGAUACCCUUAUGACGCUGCUAGAGGCGUUCGUCUAUGAUCCGCUUGUCGACUGGACCGGCGCCGUUGAUGCUGGAUACGCAGGUGCGAUUUAUGGGGGAGCAGCUGCUACGAAUCAGCCGGACAAAGGAGAAAUGGACAGGGAAAUUCAGCGUUCUCUUCUUGCUACUCGACUUCUUGAAGUUCGUCAGCCAAUGAUCGGCAUUCAAGAAGAAACGAACCGUCACCUCGCUGCACUCAUCGAAAAACUAGAAGAAUACGAAGUUGUCAACGUCAAACUAUCAAAAGAGCAAGAAACGCAUAAGCAAAUCACCACUGCUUCUCGAUACUUGGACCAGAUUUCUGAAGGUCAUUUGCGAACUCUUGGCGAUCGAUUCAAGCGCUACAAGAUCAUGCAAAAUAAAAACCAAAACCUCAAGGAGCUGUUGCAUGAGAAACGACUGCGUCUCGGGCACUUUCAACAAGCGUCCGAGCAGAUCGGCUUGAACUCCGCACGAGAAAUCGAACUUUUGGUUGAUGAAUUACUAACGCCAGUCAGUAGCAUGCCCUUCGCUGCCCAAAGUGCAGAGGUUUAUAUGAAAGAAAUCGGGCAGAAGCAAUUAUCAGCCCAAGCGAGUGAUUUGUACAACCAGCUCAAUACCACUCUGGCACGGCGACAUCAAAUCACGCAUCGAGGGGUGAAGAUGCUCGCCGCAUACAUUAGUAUUCGUCAGUUGUAUCCGAAAACGGUCGUGAACUCUCAUCGAAUCAACUUCUGGGCGAAUGCCAUUCUCAAGCUCGAAAACGAGAUGAGCAUUGACGCGUGUACUUCAAUCAAGAACGCACAUGAAAGGCUGCUGGAGCUGGAGGACUCGUCGAUGAACGGCACUCGCAAGCGUCUCAUCAAAGCCAAGGCGCUCUGCCUCUCCUCCCAGAUCGACGAACCCAGAGAAGGACUCCAGGCGAAAUUGACCGAAAUUCAAAGGCGACAAGCGCAACAAGAAAAUGUUUUCGCUGAUAUUACAACAGCAAUGAAAGCAGUUGAAAUGGCGACGGACGAUCUACUUGCUGAUCUUCCUCGAGCCGAGCUUCCAACUCUUCAAUGUCUCGUCAAAGUCUUUUCGCAGAACUACAUGAAAUCCAUCACGAUGGAAGAACAUGUAGCUACAGCUGGGCCUAAGCUGGCGUCGAUCAAUUCGAAAUCAGGAGACUGGUUCUUUGAAGAAUUGAAAUCGCUUUAUUUUGAGCAGAAAGAAAUCGCGACAAUUUGCGCAAGAGUUUUUCCAACGGCAGUGGCGCCGCUGAACUUGUUGGACAUCCAUUUGACAAGCGAUGUGUAUACUUGUCUAGGCAAAUUAUACUCCGAAUGGAGAGGAUACAUUGUUCCAGAAGCCGUUUCGUUGCUUCAGGUUGAAGAAAGCACUCAGCUUAUCGAUGGCAUCAUCAACUUGGCCUAUUCUCAGCCUCUGUCAAAGAUGAUCAGCAACUUGAGCUCUGUGCUCAGAAGUAGACAAGUAGAUGCUACGACAGAGCAGUAUUUGGAAACGGCACAGAUACUCGAGAGACAUUUCGACGAGCUAUGCGAAGGGAUGGGAAGUGAUGGAAACGCGCUGCCAGGACUUAUGCUCGUAAAAAUGUGCAACGAUAUUUUCCAGGAUAUCACAGUCGCGACUGAAAAGCUCGUGUCGUUCUUCUUUGACUUGGUGAUCCCUGAACGCUGGAAUCACUCAAUAUCUCCAGCAAAGAAGCUCAUCCGAAACGAAACCUACGAUUCGCGAUACCUCCGCCGACUUCUCUUCCUGCGACAACUUGAAGCUCUCUCGAGUUUCUUUUCACUCGUUCGAGGAAAUGCGCUUUCUUUCAGCUCCCAGUCCGAGACAAAUCCAAAACUGCUUUCAGAAGAGGAGCUGGCAAAGCCGAUCAAGGUGUUUAUUGCGAAUUUCAUUCAAGAGGUGCUGCUCGGCAUGCCCAGUUACGCAAUGGGACGCGUAUCCUGUGCUCUUAUCGAAGCGUGCGGAUCUGAAGAGCUAUCAUCAGGGGCGAUUGAUGCUAAAGACUUGACAGCAGUCGUCGAAAGGGCCUUGAAAAAGGAAGAAGAAGAGACCGACAUCGUGAAGACAACUGCCGUUGUAAUGAACUACAUCCGCAACUGGAAAAUGUUCGACAUCACCCGCCGAUUGUCCCAACGAUCUCACUUGAUAAACUCCUGUCUGAAACGAGCAAUGCUUCAGAAGACCUCUUUCCAAUGGCUCCACGAAGAUGUGCUUUGUGAUCAACUUGAUCAGGCUAAUAUGCGAUCGCGCGUGAUCAAGGAUUUCCAAGAAAUACUCGAGGAGUUGCGCAACCUGGACAAAGCAAUUGUUGAUAUUAUCAAGAAUACUGAAAUCAACGAACAAGACUUAUUGAAGCGACUCAAAUGGUCAAGCGGCACGAAUCCAAGAGUAAAGCCCAUCGAGCAAGCAGUUCUUCUGGCAAAAGAAGAUCGUCGGACGAUGCUUGCGGAAAACUCGGAAAUCGCGAAACGCGUAGAACGAUUUAUUGAAGGCGUUUAUACGUUUGAAUCUCUCCGUCUUCCGGGCUUUGAAAGCAACAAAUUUGAUUCAGACAAUUUGAAGCUCAUCGAGACCUCGAUAAAGAUCAUCGGCGACUACCAGAUUUGCUCGAAUCAGAUUCAACCGGAAGAAGUUACUCUCACAGAACUCACACCUCCUGUUCUCGAUGAUAAGACGCCGUUUGUGCCGGAUAGAUGGAGGCAGAACUGUCGCCAGGAACUGAAAGUAAAGAGCUCCAAUCUCAACCACUCGAAGUCACACUCGAACAAUAAAAUCAAGCAAGUGAAAGUCUCCAUCAAAGAGUUCUCGAACUUCCUCGCCUCGCUACAUAAUCAGCGUAAAAAAGUUCUCCGCGAGGUGGUCAAGUUGCUGCAAGAAAUCCCAGCGUCGAAUCCCGCCUCGGCGAAAGCGAAAGGCUGGCUCGAGGCUUAUGCGGAUUACGCGGAGAGCUUGAAGGACCUGGCAAAUGAACUUUCCUCCCAGUCGGAGUCUAUUGUUCUGGCAGAGAGACUAAUCAGCGACACCAAUUCACUACUCGAUGAGACUACAAAGAUCAAUACGUCGCUGUUUGCCCUGGCCGAACAAGAACAGGCAAACUCAGAGAGCUCAGAAAAAGAGUUACCGCCCCAAGCACCAUCACAAGACCCGAGUCUGAAUUUUGGCCAGAACUUUAGAACUUCCAGCGCCGCAAAAACAGAGCCCGCAAAGAACCAACGCAAUCAAACGGCCAUCCUCAUCCUCCGACGAAUCCAGCAAAAACUUGAUGGACUUGAUCCUGACGAGAAUCUUCAAAAGUCCGUUUCCGACCAGGUCGAUCACGUGAUCUCAGAAGCACGGGCGAUUCACAACCUUGCGCUCAUGUACGAAGGAUGGACAUCUUGGGUCUGA